GGCUGCUUGACUGGAAUGAGGGGAGCGGCGGCGGCGGCGGCGGCGGCGGCGGCGGCGGGAGCGGGGCCGGCCAUGGCUGUGUGGACGCGGGCCACCAAAGCGGGGCUGGUGGAGCUGCUCCUGCGGGAGCGCUGGGUCCGGGUGGUGGCCGAGCUGAGCGGCGAGAGCCUGAGCCUGACGGGCGACGCCGCAGCGGCUGACCCCGAGCCCUCGCUGAGUCCAGCGGCGGCCGCCUUCAACGGCCUCCCGAACGGCGGCGGUGGCGCCGGCGACUCGCUGCCCGGGAGCCCGAGCCGCGGCCUGGGGCCCCCGAGUCCGCCCGCGCCCGCGUCCCCGCUGGGCCCGACGGCUGAGGCGGGCGCAUCGCCGCCCGUGCGCCGGGUGCGGGUGGUGAAGCAGGAGGCGGGCGGCCUGGGCAUCAGCAUCAAGGGCGGCCGCGAGAACCGGAUGCCGAUCCUCAUCUCCAAGAUCUUCCCGGGGCUGGCGGCCGACCAGAGCCGGGCGCUGCGGCUGGGCGACGCCAUCCUGUCGGUGAACGGCACCGACCUGCGCCAGGCCACCCACGACCAGGCCGUGCAGGCGCUGAAGCGCGCGGGCAAGGAGGUGCUGCUGGAGGUCAAGUUCAUCCGAGAAGUAACACCAUAUAUCAAGAAGCCAUCAUUAGUAUCAGACCUGCCAUGGGAAGGUGCAGCUCCCCAGUCACCAAGCUUUAGUGGCAGUGAGGACUCUGGCUCUCCAAAACACCAGAACAGCACUAAGGACAGGAAGGUCAUCCCUCUCAAAAUGUGUUUUGCUGCUAGAAACCUAAGUAUGCCGGAUCUGGAAAACAGAUUGAUAGAGCUACAUUCUCCUGAUAGCAGGAACACAUUGAUCCUCCGCUGCAAAGAUACAGCCACAGCACACUCCUGGUUCGUAGCUAUCCACACCAACAUAAUGGCUCUCCUCCCACAGGUGUUGGCCGAACUCAAUACCAUGCUUGGUGCAACUAGUACAGCAGGAGGCAGCAAGGAGGUAAAGCACAUUGCCUGGCUGGCAGAACAGGCAAAACUAGAUGGUGGAAGACAACAGUGGAGACCAGUCCUCAUGGCUGUGACUGAGAAGGAUUUGCUGCUUUAUGACUGUAUGCCAUGGACAAGGGAUGCCUGGGCAUCACCAUGUCACAGCUACCCUCUUAUUGCUACAAGGUUGGUUCAUUCUGGCUCCGGAUGUCGAUCACCUUCACUUGGCUCUGACCUUACAUUUGCUACCAGGACAGGCUCUCGGCAGGGCAUUGAGAUGCACCUCUUCAGGGUAGAGACACAUCGGGAUCUAUCAACCUGGACCAGGGUACUUGUGCAGGGUUGUCAUGGUGCUGCUGAGCUUAUCAAGGAAGUCUCUUUAGGUUGUACAUUAAAUGGUCAAGAAGUAAGACUCACUGUCCACUAUGAAAAUGGUUUCAGUAUCUCCAGAGAAAACGGAGGCUCCAGCAGCAUGUUGUACCGCUACCCCUUUGAAAGGCUAAAAAUGUCUGCUGAUGAUGGCAUCAGAAAUCUGUAUUUGGAUUUUGGAGGUCCUGAGGGAGAACUGACCAUGGAUCUGCACUCUUGUCCAAAGCCGAUUGUAUUUGUGUUGCACACAUUCUUGUCGGCCAAAGUCACUCGCAUGGGACUGCUUGUAUGAGCAGCAAAAGAUCAAAAAGGAACCUUGAAUGUCACAAGAAGUAUUUCCACCUAAAAAAGAAAAAGAUUAAAAAAAGCACAAAAACAAAGCUCUUUGCUCUCUCCUCCUCCAGCACAGUGCCUUGACAAGGACCUGCAAAUCACUGCUGAACAAUUUCAAGAAGAGCCUGCCUUUCACAAGUUACUUUGGUCAGAAAUCCUAGGACUCUAAUAAGCUCCACAAUGAAGUUGGUGAUUUAUUGUCUAAUUUACUAAUGUAGUUAUAAGUAAUUAGGUUUAUUUGCUCUAUUAAAGAAAGGGUGGCUCCCCCACUUUUUUUUUUAACAUAAUCAUAUAUCCAAGUUGUUUUCUUUUGCUUCUUCCAUUAGCAUUGUUGUUUCAGGCUCUCUUGCUUAGGAUGACAAUCUAUUCCCAGGUGCUAGUUCACAGCAGCCACGCUUCAUGAACAUUCCAGACAGGUCCCAGAUUUUGUUGGAGCUUACCAUCCUUACUUGCUCCUUUCUCCCUGGGAAGUCCUUGAGUUGCAUCACCAAAGUAUUUUUCCCUCUGUCCUGGCUCUUGCUACACCUCACUCUGGCCAUUACUCCCGACAACAUCACAAGCUUUACCACUUGUAAGUGUUCACUUUAGGACUUAGAACUUGGAAACUGAGUUAUCUUACCUCCUUCUCCUUUUCUAGUGGUGACCAAGUUGAAAAGUUGGGAACCACUGCUUUGAAUGUUUUACUUGUUUUAGCUUUUUCUGAUUUUCUCUUUAGUAGGAGCCAGGAAGGGGGUGGGGUGGGGGACUAUUACAAGAUUUAUUUUAAAAGAAAAUCCUCAUUUUAGCCUAAGCCAUUUUUUAUUGCUUACCAAACGUGCCUUUGGUUAGGGUUAGUGGAGCUUUAUUAGUCACUAUUUGAAUAACUGGAUAUCACUGCCAUUCUAGGGGGAUCAUCUAUCUUAUUUUUGAGGAACAAUCUGCAAGUGAGUUUCCUUAAAAUAUAUAUAUAUAUAUAUAUAUAUAUUUGGGGGGGGUUGUCCAGAUCUCUUUGAGGAAGAUAAAUUCUAGAAAGCCAGCUUGUUCAAAGAGUAGGCUUAGUGAGUAAAGCCAGCCCUUAAGUACAAACAUCGUAUCUAUUUGCUUUGGGUGUGAUCUUGUCCCAGACUGCUAUUCUUUUAACAGCUUUAUGAAAUGUCAAGACUCAACAGCCCCUGGGUCCAAAAGACAAGGUAAUGCUGAUUUGAAUGUUUUCUGUGCUCUCUGAAGAAAAGUCUAGGAAUAGUUCUCAUUUACUAGGUCUGGUGGACAUGUCAAGAGAAUGUGAGCACAGUGGAGAGCAGGCAUGAGUGAUACUGGCAGGGGAGAGAUGAGAGGGGCAACCGAUCUUUGCAAAACAUGAGCUCUUUGGUUUGAGUGCAGAUAGAUGGGACAUGUGAAAAAGCAGACACAUAAGCAAGAGAUUUCUGGUUAGAUUUGACAAGCCCACCUUCCCUCUUCCCAUAAAUCUGCCCUCAUUAUACAGCAGGUUUAGCCAGCUGCAGAGACUGGGGAAAGAUGCUUGUGCUUACUUCCCUCAGAUUCAGUCCCUACAAUGAAUUAUCUGAUCCCUUUAAAAUUGACAGUUGAAAUAUAGAUUAGAUAUGACUUUCAAGAGAUUUUUAUAAUUUUGAAAAUUCCAGUUAGUCUCCAUCUGGGUAAGUUUACAAGUCAGGAAAAAAAAAAUCUAUAUGUCUUGAAAGUCCAACCAUGAUUUCUAGAAGCAGAGUGUCAACAUAACUUUUCCAGACAGUGGAGUUUGGACACUCUUUUCAGUGAGAGUGUUACUAAUAUGCAAAAUUGAAUGAUGCAGUUAUAGAAUUCUGCAGCAAAGCCAUCUGGUUCAGGUUUUCUGUGUUAGUAUGAAAAGCUAUGCCACUAAGAAGAUUUACAGGGGGCUCAUCUUGCUCCUCAUUCAUUAUACUAAAAGAAGUUUUUGUUUGUUGUUAUUGUUUUCUUAUUUGUUUUAGGUGAUUAAAGUAUGGACAGUAAAGGCAUGUAUGCAUUGGGCCCAUUUUCUGAAGCUUAAACUGUCAUGUAUACAUGUAGGUCCAUGGAGGUUUUUUAAUAUCUUUUUAGCUUUAAUGUGAAUGGCAGAUUUCCUCAGACCUUUCAGACCACAAAUAAAGUGCUUUUUUUUGUAAAAGGGGAUAGCCUUGGUAAAUAUGUAUUCCAUAGUUAGAUGUCAAUAUUAUUUUCAAAUAGGCAUUUCUUAGAUUUCACAUCUUUUCUAGAAUAGUCGACUUCUCAUUUCUGUUUAAUUUUGAAUCAAGGAAAGUAUUGAGAAUGUUGUGGGAUUCCCACAUGUAGACUGGAAAGAAAACUUCAGAGGUCUAUUUUUCCUAGGAACCACUUCCUAUGCCUCUUAGAUCUAGGGCAUAAACAUCUUCUCCAUAUUCCACACAGAGGCCUAAUAGCAAGCACUUGAAGUGUGAAAAUUCGUCUUUCCCUAAAUGUCCUUCCCUUCCAAGGUGGGGGGGGAGAAAAAGAACAAAGGGAAAAGGCUUUUUUUUUUUUUUCCUGAAAAAGGUUAAGUCCUUUCCUGAAGUCAUCCAAUGAACCUUACCUGGAAAUUAGUAUCUAAUAUCUUAUAUGAAGAAAUGCUUUAAUGUAUGUUUAUACAGUAUUUAUUUCAUAGUUGUAACUGUAAGCUCAUCUACUUAGUAGAUAAGAGUUUCAGACUAAAUACUGGGGCAUGUACAGGCAAUCAAAAGUAUUAUUUUAAAUGUCAUUCACUUAUUUUAAAAUUGUGUUUUAGCACUUUUAAGGCUAGGUGUGGUCUCAGUGCCUGUUUUUAUCAUCUAUACUCUCAUGAACUUGGUUAUUGAAAAUUAUUGCAUGGCAGGAGAUACUGAAUUAUUUAUUAUGUUUUUAUGAGUGGAAAAAUCUCUGUAACCAACAAGUGAUUAAACUUGCUACUGAUUAUCUUCCUAGCUUAUUCUAAGUAGAAUGAUAACAAAGCUUUUUUCAGCUGAUUAAAUGCACUUAGCUAAUAAACCAAAAUUUAUUCUGUGUAGAAUCUGGACAAAAUUCUGUUUUACCCAGAAAUACAGGUUUCACUAUAAAUGGUUUUGAUAGACAAAAGUGUAACCACUUUUGAGAAAAAGAUUUUUUUAUAAUUUUGUUUGGAUUUCCAGGUCUUCUUGUUUAAUUUAUAUGCAUGUGGAUAUACUUGUAUGUCUUCAGAAAAGUGAAAGAAUCUCUUCUUAUCUUAAUGCAAAUUAUCUUGUAAGCUGCUAUGCAAAUUCUAUUAAAAGCCCUACCUACUUAGAGUUAGACAUUUUUUAAAUUUUCAGGGGAGACCUGUAGACAUAAGCACUUUCUCUGCUUUUUGUAUCUUGGACAUCUACUUCUGAAUUGUGUUCUUAUUAUUUCACUGGCUAUAAGCUAUCGAUUGUACAUUUUAACUAUUUAAACUAUCCAAAUAUCAUGUGUCUAAGGUCAGCACCCUGCUCACUGUGCCACCUCCCAAGCCCUAACUAUUCAAAUGUCCAACAAAUAUUUCCAUGUUAUUGUCAUCCACUAUUGACACCAUGAAUGAAAUGGCUGUUUAGAAAGCCAUAGGUUUUUGUUUUUUAAUUUUUUCAAUCCCUAGUGAAGAAGAAAAUGCCAGAUCUCUUUUCAUCUCAAAGCAUAUUGCUUUGGCCAGAUCUAAAUGUAUAAGGACAUUCAUUUGUUUUGGGGAUUCUGCUUAGACUUCAAGUUGCAUUUAAUUUUAGUCAUGUUCAUUUUCUAUAUCUUUAUAACAUAUGUGCCAGGUGGUAGUACAUCCUACCUGAGCUUAAAAUCUCUUCUGAUAAAAUCUGAAUUGUCAAAAUAGCUUUUUUCCCCCUCAAGAUGAAAGCAGAGGAAUCUGCCAUCUUCUUUUCUCUGGCUUCAUUGCCUGGUAACAUAGAAUUGUUUUUACUUUCUACAUACUAUCUUUAAAAACUGGCAGCAGUGGGAGUCAGGCAGUAGCGCAGUGGGUUAAGCGCACGUGGCGCAAAGCGCAAGGACCAGCAUAAGGCGUCUGGUUCGAGUCCCCGGCUCCCCACCUGCAGGGGAGUUAGUUGCCUCACAGGCGGUGAAGCAGGUCUGCAGGUGUCUCUCUUUCUCUCCCCCACUUCUGUCUUCCCCUCCUCUCUCCAUUUCUCUCUGUCCUAUCCAACAACAACAACAACAAUAAUAAUAAUAACUACAACAAUAAAGCAACAAGGGCAGCAAAAGGAAAUAAAUAAAUAAAUAAAAAUUAAAAAACAGGUUAAAAAAAACUGACAGCAGUAAUCCCUCCUUUUAAAAUUAUGUAUCAUAUAUUCUGCUAUUCUGGCUACAUAGAUCCUCAAAUAUGUAAUGAUAGUGUUAAAAUAUUCUGUAUACCAGAUUAUAUAUUUCUGAGCUAUAUAGCUAUCCCUGUGGUACAGUAAUAUUAAGCUGAAUUUAUUUUACACUAGCAAUGGAUCAUUUGAAUAAUUUGAAACACUAUCUCUUUAAGAAAGUAAAACUAUAUCAGUGAUAAAAAUUUAUUCUAUUUCAAGUUAAGGCAAGAUACAGUAAAUAGGCACAUAAAGCACAUCUCUUUUCUUCUCUCUUCCUGACACAAACUAAUCUGCCAAAUGGAAGAAUAGUUUUUCUAUAUUAACUCAAAAUAUAUUUUAGAAAAAUUUCUUCUUGUUUCAAAAUAGAUAAACUUGAUCUUAAUCUCUUGCCUCUUCUUACUCUUCCUUCACCUCAGGUGACUGAACCAAAGCACAUUUUAGUUACAAAACUGUAUUUAUAUCUGAUGUAUAAAUAUGCCAUUUGCAAAUAUUGCUUGUACUUCAAGGAACAUUUUAUUAUGUUCAACAACAAUCUGCCAGAUAAACAAUUAUCCUUGAAUUGCCCCUAUAUGGAUGGGUUGAAACUAAAAAGCUAGAGACACGAUGCCUUGUUCUGUUGUGGGUUCCUGGUAGUUGUUAAUUUCUGAGUUCUGUGAAUACCUUGCUCAGUUUUGUAGUUAUUUCUGCCAUUUACUUUACUGAAUCCCUCUUUAUCAUAGUCACAUAAACACUCUUGGAACCUGAUUCUUCUACCACCUCUUCCAAAGUGAUGCAAGUCUCUUAAGAAUGGACAAAAGGUCAUUUGGGACCUGGAGAAAUUUUGAAGCAGUAAGGCUAGUUAAUGAUAUAUUAAUUCAUGUAUUCUUUUCUCUAAUAAGCAUUUACUAGUGUUACAGUUCUUUACAGGCACUCUGACAGACUCAAACUAAAGUUCCUGCCCUCAAGCAAUACAUAUUCCAUUACUUCUUAAUCAUACCAUGCCAUCUAUUUAUAAAUUGGUGGUUAAGAGGAUAUUUGGUCUUUGGUCCAUGCCAGGCAUGAACUCCAGGCACAUUUAAGAAGGUUGGUGUUUUCAUCCCACAUACUUUUUUCUAGUACAAAAUUAGAUUUUAGUUUAGGAAGAAUAUUAGUAAGAGAAAUAACAGCAACAGAAACAAAAUUCAUCUCUGUUGCCCAAAGUGGAUCAAGUCAUUAUUAAGUCAUUAGGAAGAAAUACUUCUUUUAAAUAUAGGUAGCAAAAGUUAACUGUAUAUUUCACUUACCACCUCUUUUUAAAUUGCACUGCUUUACCCAUUUCCACAGUUAUACUCUUUAAAUACCUCAUUUGCUUGUCGUAAGCCCUUAUAUACAGUAGAUGGAGUAAUUUUCCACGGUAGAUUAAACUGAAGAUGUUUUAAAUUUUGCAAAAUUUCACUUCUUCUAGAACAUAUUAUUCAAAUCAAAGGCCACCUAAUGAAAAUAAAGUUGAGUAAAUUUUCCCAGUUUUCAUAAUUUUCCCAGUUUUCCAUUUCUUCUCGAUCACCUUCCUUGUAUCACAAGGCUCAGUCUUUGGGUAACAUCCUUUCAUCAUGACUAGGAAGUUACCUGCACUAUAUGUGAUUGGCGUGGCAUAGGGAACAUAGUCACAGGAUCUCCUUCCCCUUUGUUUUCAAGUGUCCUGGAGUUAUGUAUACAAAUUAGGUCAUGCCUCUAGUGUCUUGGUCUUUAUUUUAACUUACCUGUUGAGAAUCAGGUGCUAAUGAUGUUAUAUUAUUGGAACCAGCACUUAAGUAUUGUACAAAUGUCUGUUCCUUUUGCAUUGAGAGAUGUGCUUUUCUUCUUUCUCACUCUUAUUUAAAUGGGUGUUAGGUUUUUUGUUUUGUUUUUUCUUUUUUAUAUCUCUGUUCUAUGAAUUCACAGAAUUGAAAGGAAAUGAUUCAAACUAAGUUUUUGGUUUUGCAAAAUCAAUCAGCUUUGCUGAUAUUCUUCCAACCUAGCAAAUAGGCCUUUAAUAUAAGAUGCAAUUUCAGAUGUUUUUCUCCAGUAUAAAACUCCAGUGUUAAUGUUUACAAUGUGUUGGAGGGGGUCAUUGUGACAAUACCUUGGUGCCCAAAGAAUCUACUUCCCUUUUGGUACCAGACCUAAGGUGUUUUAUGAAUAGAAUGUGGUAAACCACUACCUGUGAAGGCCUAUUUUGGCUAAUCUGUGCAGACUUUAAUUAUACACACUUGUAUGUAUUUUGUCCCACACAACUGUCAUUAUUGUUAAGUACCAAGACUUAUAAAGCCAGAAUAAUAUUUUUACAAAGAAUUAAAGGUAUGUGAUAUUCUGAGUUUUUCUUCUUUCUAGAAUGCUGUGUUUAAACAAGACUUUUUUCUUUGUGUUUUAAAUUUAAGUCCCAAAUCUGGUACCACCAGACUACCAAAUCAAAACUCCCAGGACAUAACAGGACAGUAUUUGUGUUCUUAAUAAUUGAAAUCCUUUAUUGUACUCUAAAAUGCAUUAGACAACACUUUCCCUUGAGUUGCACAUUAACAUAAAACAUUGUACAUUACAAUAAAAAAUUGUAAUUUAGGGGCAUAUUAUAUAUAAAUAUAUACAUAUAUACCUUUGUAACCUUUAUACUGUAAAUAAAAAUUGCUUUUAGACUUGUA